CCUCAAUAUCUUAGUAGUACAAAAACUUUGAUGAUAUAUGUUAUCAUAUGUUAAAUGGUGAUAAAGACCUGUACAGGACCACAGACAAUGAGUCAGAAAACAAAAGACAAACAAACAAAAAGAUAAAACUUAAGGAAUGGGUAAGAAUAAAGAACCCAUAAAACACCCAAGAACAUAAUCCAAGUCUGACCAAUAAGAUCGCACAUAUGUGGAUCAACUUCGGCAUGUGAAGCCAAGUCAUCAGUACAGUGUCUUUUCCCUUUGUACAACCCAACAAAAAUAGGUAUGGCCACACACUUCAAUAAUACACCAAGUCUUUACCUCCUCAAUCACACUAACUUUAACCAUAACCCCUCUAUAUAUUAACUACUUUCAAGAUUAACCUACUCAGUAUAAGUAUGUUAAUUAAGAUUCAAAAAUAUUAAGAUGUAUUAGAACAAGACCUAAGAAAGCCAUGUCUCUUUUACUGACAUAAGUAAGUGCAAAGAUGUAGUUAAGCUAAAAGUCAUGUCUCCUUACUGACAUAAGAAAAAAGCUGUCAAAAAAGAAAAAUCUUUCCUAAAGGAGAUGUCUUUGUCUAUUCCCAGCGAAAAUAUUAUUAUAUAAACUUAAGAAGACUCCUUUGUCAGUGCCCAUUAUUCUUCAUGCUUCUUAGCCUUUGUCUUCAUCACUGUCCCCUUUUUCUUGCUUUUAAGAUCUUUUCGUUGUUCGGUCUUGACAAGUCACACGAAUAUAAGUAUGAAACAGCUACUGUGUGUCUUUUCACUCUAUAAAGCGUAGCGCAUUUUUUUUGUCAAGUCUAUACUUCUGAUCUGAUUUCUUCUCUUAACUCUUUGUCACGUCUUGCGCAAAAAUUAUGAUUCCAGAGCGUCAAGAAGAUGUCAAGCGGCCACGAGACUGUGAAUUGUGUCUCAACAAACACGCGGUUUGGUAUUGUGCAUCCGAUGAUGCUUUCUUGUGCCAUGUUUGUGAUGAAUCAGUGCAUCGUGCAAACCAAGUGGCGACAAAACACGACAGAGUUUGCCUUAAAACAAAUGAGAUAUCUAAUGGCGUGCUUCAAGGAACGGCACGAAAGCCGGUUUGGCACAGCUGGUUCAGAAGAAAACCAAGAACACCUAGAGUCCGUUGCGAGAGAAAGCCACAAGGGAAGGUAGAUGAUGAGAGAAGAAGAGAAGGCCCUCAUGUUCCCGAGAUUGGAGGCGAAACCAAUGAAGAAGAUGAGAAUCUAACUUCUCUUGUGCCAGAGUUUCAGGGAUUUAUAGAGAUGGAAUUCUUCUUGAACAACCAUGAUGGUUCUGAAGAAACAAUGAGACAAUUCAACGUUGACCAUGAAACUGAUGAAAUGGAAGAUCUAUGUUACAUUGAAGAAGAAGGUAAAACCAAUGGAGAUGAAGCAUGUCAUGAACAAUCUUUGACGAGCUGCAAGAAUGAGUACGACAUUAAUCCCACCCUGGUUACAACAAAGACAGAAGAAAAUGCAAAGCAGAGGAACUUGUUACUUAGACUUAACUACGAAAAUGUUAUAGCGGCAUGGGAUAAACAAGAAUCCCCAACAACAGCAACAUGGAACCAAAAUGAGUUUAGCAACACAAGUAACUUCCAGCUAGUUCCUCCAGGGAUAGAGGAGGAGAAAGUAAGCAACAGAAGUGAGAGAGAAGCAAGAGUAUGGAGGUACAGAGAUAAACGCAAGAAUCGUUUGUUUGAGAAGAAGAUAAGGUACGAAGUUAGAAAGGUUAACGCAGACAAAAGGCCGAGGAUAAAAGGUCGAUUUGUCCGGAGAUCUUUAACCAACGACUUCUAGGAAUGGAUUCUCAGAUUCUUCUUUGACCGAGUUCUUGUCACAUAAUAUCAAAGUAGAAUAAACAAGAAUUCGGAUACUAACGAAUUCUAGUCACAUAUUAUCAAAGUAAAAUAAACAAGUAAAUAUCUACUAAUUUUCGAGAAUUAUUUGACAAGAAAGGAUUCAAAGGUAAA